UCUCUCAAGUUAUCCCCCCCCCACCUUGGUAGCCACAGUUUGCUUUCUAUAACUUCCGUCUGCAGGUCCCAUGGAUUCCUGUCCAGGCAUCUCUCCUGGAGCCCACUGCCAGUCUCCACCGCCCCGCCCCCUCGAGCGCAUCAUCCCAUUCACAGUUCUUCUAAAACCCAACGAAAGUCACCUCAUUCCUCUGCUCAAAACCUUCCAGCAGGUUUUUGUCUCACUAGACAAAAAGCAAUGUUCUUUUUAAAAACAGGAGGCUGUUUCACUGCUCUUAGCAGUCAUAUUAAGAUGAAA